AAUGUAACAUAACGGAUUGCCGCGCGGAAACGAAAAUUGCCCUCCGCGCGUGCGUACGCGCGCGGCGCAUUGUGUCCGACUUCGGAACACCCGCCAAGUUCCCGCGCGGCCGCCCGGGACCGUUCGCGUGGACAUUUAAUUGGAGGGUGGUAUCCGAUGCGCCGCCGCAAAUGCCAUUUGCAUUUCAAACUUAUCGGUCUAAUGACACACGACGGUGACAUUUAUUUACUUGAAUAAAUCAUGACCGAGACCUGGGCGGCCGAGAGACGCGCGCGCAGUUGCCGGGAACAUCCCACGAUCCCGGAACCUCCCGCGGGUACCGUUUCUCGAUCAGUCACCGUUUGACAGCCCGACGAGACGAUUACGUGUCAUUGUCGCACGCCAGCUUGUUUAAGGCGGCCUUUACUUACGAAUUGCUUCUGAAUACUUUUUACCACGUCUCCAAUUUUUAUUCUCACGUUCUCCAAGCUGACAUGACUCCGCCCACCCCUCUUUUCUCGCCGAGCAUGAGCCGCAAGAGCGAGCACGACGAGGCGCGCAGAAGAGAGGACGCGACGUCUUUAGAGUAUUAUAUCGCGGACAUGCUCCGGGUACUCGAAUACGCCUGUAUCUGGUCCGGCGAGUCGUCGCUUUCGCUACUUAAAACGUUGCUAUCAACUGGAGCGACGAUUGUCUUCAUGUUCAUCAACACCCUGCUGCUGCUCUCGGAAGUAGUCGCGCUUACGAUGAACAACGAUCUGAAAUUAUUCGCCAAUAUCAUCGGAGUAAUCGGUAUGCAUUUCACAGGCCUGCUGAAGUGGUGUUAUUGUAUACGGACAAAUAGAGAGAUCGUUGAUAUCGUGACGAAGUUAGGAAAAUGCCACGUGCUUUGCCAAAGGAUCGAUAAGAGCGAGGAAGGAUAUCGAAUAUAUAGAAAUGAGAUGGAACACGUCCGUAAGUAUUCAAAUUUUUUCGUGUGGUGGUGGACAUUCGCCUGCGUUUACGGCGUUCUGCAUUGGUGUGCCAAUCCACUGCUCCUAGAAUGGGCACCCGACCAGAUAAACUCAAUUAAUCAUACAUUUAAAAACAGAAUCCUGCCGUUUGUCGGAUGGUAUCCGCUGAACACUGACAACGUUUAUAAUUACGCUUGCCUGUAUCUCAUGCAGAUAAUCGGCGGGAUAUCUCCUGCGCUUGGAAUUGUUUGCUACGACGCUUUUUACGUCACCGUGCUAAUGGUCAUCUGCGCGCAAUUUCAAUAUAUCAACACCAUAAUGGUGAAAAUCGAUUUCGAUAACGGGUCAGAGACCAUGUUCAUUCUCGAGAGCAAAUUAAAGGCCUGCGUGGAUUGUCACACAGAGAUUAUAAAAUUUCUAAAAAUGCUGCAAACUUUCAGCAGUCCAACAAUGUUCGCGCAAUGCAUCGAAACGUUAGUUAUCCUCUGUCUAGUCUCGUUCGAGGCAUCGGUGAUAAAAAUUGCGUUGGACAUGGAAUCUAUCUUGAAAUUAUGGGCUCUCCUUGAGUACUUUUUAUGCGCCGCCUUUCAAUUGUACUUUUUCUGUUUCUUCGCCACUCGACUCGAACAUUUGGGCUUGCAAAUUGCACAUUCAGUGUAUUCUUGCGGGUGGGAAUUCGUAGAUUUUGAGAAAAAAGCACAAGUGGAUUUCAGAAAACAGUCAAAACAUUGUGACAUUGGUCGAUUAGUGCAAACUAUUAUGGUGCGAGCGCAGAGAUCGAUUGUUUUAACCGGCGGUCCAUUUUACGUUCUCUCAUUGGAAACUUUCAGAGUCAUAAUGAGUAUGGCAAUGUCAAACUCUGUAAUGUUGCGCACAAUCUCUGAACUAGAUGAAUGAACUAAAAUUAAUCUCCACACGUAUUUGCUUUUAAUAUAUGAGAGUUUAUAAAUAUUAUCUAUAUAGUUGAGUAAUCUGAUAGUAACAGGUGAAGUAAAAUGUAUGUAUCGUAAUUGAUUAAAGACGAUAUAUUCCACAUAAUUCUACAAUAAAAAAAAAUUUCCGCGUAAAAAUAGCUAUUUUUUUUACACACGAACAAUCGUCCUUCCGCUAAACAUUUAACUGUCAUCAUACGCGGCUACGAUUGAACACUGUUCAGAGAUUAAUGAUCGUGACAGAAGCUUGUUUGUGUUUAUACUUUCCUAAUAAGACGGCGAUAAAUAGAUGAUUCGUAUAAUUAAUGUGAAUGCAAAUACUGACUA